CAGCCCUCGCUCCGCGGGCGGGCGGCGGCGCCCCGGCGGGCGCUGAGCGGGGGCAGCGCUGCUGUUGGGAGCAUGUCGGGAUCGCGCUGCCAGACGCUGUACCCCUUCUCCGGGGAGCGGCACCGCCAAGGGCUCCGCUUCGCCGCGGGGGAGCUGAUCACGGUGCUGCAGGUGCCGGACGGCGGCUGGUGGGAAGGGCAGAAGGAGGACGGGCUGCGCGGCUGGUUCCCGGCCAGCUACGUGCAGCUCCUGGAGCAGAAGCCCAGAAAGGCAACUCCUCAGCCAGGAGAAGACACCUUGAACAGCCAUCUUCCCCCAGGCUGGCAGAGCUAUAUGUCUCCCCAGGGCCGCAGGUACUAUGUGAACACCUUCACGAACGAGACAACCUGGGAGCGGCCAAGCAGUGUGCCUGGGACCCCGAAGAGCCCUGUGACACAGCAGAGCCCAGCAGUGAAUGGCUAUCACAUUUCUGGGACCCCGGUACACCAGCUGGACUCCACUCACAUGAAUCUCCGAAAAGCCAGUGGGGAUCCCCAGACCCCGGGGUCCCCGGCGGCGCCGCGGAGGCAGAGCAAGGAGAGCAGCCUGACGAUAAACUGUGUAACUUUCCCCCACCCUGACGUAAUGCCAGAGCAGCAGUUGUUGAAACCUUCAGAGUGGAGCUACUGUGAUUAUUUCUGGGCUGAUAAGAAGGAUUCACAAGGGAACAAUACGGUAUCAGGAUUUGAGAUUCUUCUUCAAAAGCAACUUAAAGGGAAACAAAUGCAGAAAGAAAUGGCAGAGUUCGUUCGAGAAAGGAUAAAGAUUGAGGAGGAAUAUGCUAAGAACCUGUCCAAACUGUCUCAGAAUUCCUUGGCUGCUCAGGAAGAAGGCACACUGGGAGAGGCUUGGGCUCAGCUGAAGAAGAGUCUCGCUGAUGAAGCAGAGGUUCAUCUCAAAUUUUCUUCUAAGCUUCAGAGUGAGGUAGAGAAACCCCUGCUCAACUUCAGAGAGAACUUUAAGAAAGACAUGAAGAAGUGUGACCACCAUAUUGCAGACUUAAGGAAGCAGCUGGCCAGCCGCUAUGCAGCUGUUGAAAAGGCCCGGAAAGCCUUGACAGAGAGACAGAAGGAUCUGGAAAUGAAAACACAGCAGCUGGAGGUGAAGCUCAGCAACAAGACAGAAGAGGAAAUUAAAAAGGCAAGGCGGAAGUCUACUCAGGCAGGAGAUGACCUGAUGCGUUGUGUGGAUCUUUACAAUCAAGCCCAGUCCAAGUGGUUUGAGGAAAUGGUGACCACCACUCUGGAGCUUGAGAGACUAGAAGUUGAAAGGGUGGAGAUGAUUCGGCAACAUCUCUGCCAGUAUACACAGCUGCGGCAUGAGACAGACAUGUUCAACCAAAGUACAGUAGAGCUUGUGGAUCAGCUGCUUCGGAAAGUGGAUCCUGCCAAAGACAGGGAACUGUGGGUAAAAGAACACAAAACUGGAGAUAUUCGACCUGUGGACAUGGAAAUAUAGACUGUUCUUACAGUUGUGAUGAGCCCACUGAAUUAACCAGGCUAAUGUUUUUUUUCUUGGGGUCAGAAGAGUAUAGGGCAAAGGUUGUUCCUCUGUCAGACACCUUGUAAUUUAUGCCUGUACAGGCUGUCUGUUAAAUUUAGUCAUAAAAUUUGUCCUUGUUGUGCUAAGCCUUAAGCACCAAACAUUCCAGGGUGAAGAAAAUAGAUUUGUGCUUCCCACCAGAAGUUCCCAGUUGCACUCAUCUUCCAGAAGAAAUCUACUUUCUGGUACAGAGAGAGCUCUGUUCUUCUGUGACUUUUGUGCUACAUCCCUUGCAUGACUAUCGUAUAUAUUAUGUUAGAACAACCACUCAGUGCGCUUCUGGCCGGCCAGCAAGUAGGUAACCAAACAGUGCAGGAGUCAAGGAAGUGCUGAUCGAGAAUCCCAGGCCUGUCACCGACUGCUUUCAUAACCACAGACAAGUCAAUGAACAUUUCUGGCUCCCCCUUCAGUUAAACGUACAUAUCUUGCAUCGCUGUUGUAUGAGUACAUUGAUUUCAUACAACAUAGUUUCCCACAAUGGCCCUUUGGAAACACCUACGGAGAAGACCCCUGUUCUCCCUGUUUUUACUCCCUCUCAGGGAUAUAUAAACCCAGUAUCAUCAUUUUUGUGCUAGGCCAAUCUAUAAAGUGUUACCAUCCCUGUUGUUUAACAGGAAAGAUUUGGUUGUGCUGUACCUACCUCAUUAGCUGUUGGAGUGCCCUCAGUGACAGAAGAAGGUUGCAUAGCAAGAAAUAAAUGAGAUGUUCUAAAACUUUCUGCUUAUGCAGGAUGUUUUCUCAUAAAGACAGCCCUCUAACAUUUUGUUUGGGAUCUAGAUUUAAAUUGCUCUUUGUUGGUUUCUGCAGGUGAAUAUCAGAGCCCUUAGCUAUAUUUAUUCACCAAAUUUGCGUAGAUGAAUUGUGACUUUUAUCUUUUAGAGCCUGAUUUUCAAAGGUGCCGUGUACUUGUGAUUCUAGACUGCAUCAGAUGUAGAUGUAGGUGCUCAGCAUUUCUGAAUCAGAUUUUUAACGGUUUCUCCUAUAGUGUGAACUGCCAGAAAUUCAGAGCAGCUCCUGGUACAGAGUGUUGUGUAGUUUGGAGACUGGUUUUCAAAAGGUAUUUUCUUCUCCCAGUGUUAUUUCAGAUUUUUGCUCUUAAUCUGUUUUCCAGCUUCUCUUUCUCAAGAUUCUUACUUCAAGUCCAGAAGAAAGAGAGAGGUUCUACAUUUUCCCUCUUGGAGAUCUUCUGAGGCAGCCUGGGUAUGGUCUUGGACCAUCACCCUUGGUGACUCGGCUUCAACAGCGGGUUUUGACCAAAUGAUCUUUAGAGGUCCUUUCCAAACACAUCCAUUCUGUGAGUCUGUGAAACCUUCAUUCUCACCACUGUGGCCUUUCCUCAUUGUCUGCUGUGGUGUUAGCUGCUGUUUUCCAGUGUUAUUCCUUUAGAUCCACAUUUUUGUUCCACUUUUAUCUUGUUAGCAUGUCUUUUUCCCUGGUAUGGAGCUUCUGUCUCUCAUCUGUAUGCCCUUCUAGGCUUCUCUUCACCAAUCUCAAGUUACUGUGCUGUGAGAAGAUCUCUGAGAAUUAAUCUUUACAAAUACAAGCUGAGACAUAGAGAAGUCUUAUCUGAAAUAUGUUUUUAAUAUUGAUUAUUUUUCUGGCUCGUCAUUUCAAACUUGCAUUUUCCUGUUGUUCCUUUUCUUUCCCCACCAUUUCUUUACUAGUAUAGAUUCAUAGAAAAAAGGUUGGUCACCUUUUAUUCACCUGAGUUAUUCCCAUCUUGCAAAUGCCUCUUCAGCUCCUUUCUCCGCUAUGUCACUAGCUUUAUAAACCUUUGCACAUCAGCAGGUGCAGUGUUGUGACUGUUGUAUGCUAGGAUCAUUGUUCCUGGUGUUACUGAUUGUUAGAGCUGACACCUCUUAUACUGCACUUUUGUUACACGCUUCAGAAUUUGCAGCUGUAAUUUUAUUCUUGGUAUUGGAAGCACCCAGCUUGUUGAUAUUUGAAACAUGGUUUUAGUGUCGCUCAGUCCCAGAGCUACGUAAGACUACACACUUUUCCCUCGCCUCCUGUUCCACUUGAAUGAGGAGGUUUUCUGCUAACUUGUCUUUUUCAGUCUUCGUAUUCCUUUGCGGUCUGUCUUCGGUAUGAUUCUUACUGGCAUACUGAUGUGUACUGCUGUCUCUUCCAUGCACUUCAGGGGGCAGGUAUUUUUGGUUU